AUGCAAGGGUUUCGCUACCGCCCAGAACUUCUGGAAGGCCUUCCCGAAGAGCUCACUAAAGAGCUCAAGAAAUAUGAAGACUGGUUCUGGGUCGAUGCGACCAAGUUGAAGGCGAUCUCAGAUCACUUUGCUAAGGAGCUGGAAAAAGGUCUUACCGUUGAGGGUGGGUCUGUUCCUAUGGACGUCACAUGGAUUAUGAAAUACCCAACAGGCCAGGAGAAAGGAAGGGUUCUCACUGUUGACCUGGGGGGAACCAAUAUCCGUGUAUGUGAUGUCUGUCUAUCCGCGGGGAAGAGAGACUUUGAGCAACGUCAGAAGAAAUACAAGCUUCCGGAGGCAGUCAAGUCGACCACAAAAGAAGCCCUGUGGGGUUUUAUUGCGGACCAAAUCAAGUCGUUCCUCAGUGAAAAUCACAGUGGUCUCAGUGCUUCAAAUCCACUACCGAUGGCUUUCACUUUCUCGUUCCCAGUGGAGCAGAAGUCUAUCCGCAGUGGCAUUCUUCAACACUGGACUAAAAACUUCAAUGUUUCCGGAGUCGUAGGGCGCGAUGUAGUACCUCAGCUGGAAGAAGAACUUGCAAAGAAGGUAGUGAGAAUAGUUGCCCUCGUCAACGACACAGCGGGGACCCUUGUCGCAUCGCAUUACCGGGAUCCGCAGGUAAAGAUUGGUAGCAUUUUCAGUACCGGCUGCAAUGCAGCGUACAUGGAAGAGUGCCGGUUGGUCCCCAAGCUGCGUGGCUCAGGACUGUCGGAAGAUGCAACUGUGAUCAUCAACACCGAGUACGGCGCCUUUGAUAACGAGCGUAAGGUACUGCCUUUGACUCCAUUUGACCGCCAGCUCGACGAGGAGUCCGCCCACCCAGGCAGACAGAUAUAUGAGAAGAUGGUGGCUGGGUUGUACAUAGGAGAGAUGCUGCGCCUGGUAUUGCUGAAAAUGCAUGAGGAAGGUUUGCUCUUCAAGGGCCAAGACGUCUCGCGUCUUCGGGCCGCGAACGCAUUGGAGACAUCGUUUCUGUCUGCUGUCGAGAUGGACAUGUCAGAAAGUCUGACCGACGUGAAAAAGGUGUUCAAGGAGAGCCUCAAUCUGGAACUCUCGCUGGGCGAGCUGAAAGCGUGUCGUUAUCUUAUCGGCCUGAUCUCGAUGCGCGCAGCGCGUCUCUACGCGUGUGGAAUUGCGGCCAUCUGCAAGAAAAAAGGGAUCCGUCAGUGCCACGUUGGGGUUGAUGGCUCGGUGUUCAGUAAAUAUAGUAUGUUGAAGGGACGGGCAGUGCAGGGUCUUCGUGAUAUUUUUGAUUGGGAGGGAGACAAAUUGGAUUUGAUUGCUCUAAACACGGCCGAGGAUGGGUCUGGAGUAGGAGCAGCUUUGGUUGCGAGUGUGGCUCUUCAUCCGAGUGAAUUGGAAGAAUGUACCGCGGAGGACUAUAUGUAA